AGUUUGAACAGGGACAGACACCAUUUGUCUCUUCAAAGGUUCAUCAUGAGGAUUGAAGUUGCUCUCCAGCUGGGCUUCUGUGGCCUGUGUCUAACACUGGCGCUUGUUGGAGAAGGAAUGGGAGUGGAACUUCCUGAUCCGCCAGCAGUAAAUUGUGUUUGGAGCUCCUGGUCAGAGUGGAGUCCUUGUGAUCCUUGCACGAAAACCAGAAGACGUUCGCGAGGUGUAGAAGAGUUCAGCCAGUUUGGUGGUGCGUCCUGCGUGGGAUCACUGGGGGACAGGGAGUUAUGUAGAUCAGAUGCUAGAUGUGACCUACCGCCUCCUCCUGCAUGCUCCGACUCAGAGUUCCAGUGCGAGUCAGGUUCAUGCAUCAAGAAGAGAUUAAUGUGCAACGGGGACUACGACUGUGAGGAGGGAUCAGACGAGGACUGUGAUCCUGUGCGUAAACCCUGUGGUGUGUCAGACCUGGAUACCAAUGAGCAAGGCCGGACAGCAGGAUAUGGAAUCAACAUCCUGGGUGUAGAUCCUCGAAUGAACCCCUUCAACAAUGAUUACUUCAAUGGAAGGUGUGAUCGAGUGAGGAAUCCAAACACUCAGAAGUAUGACAGGCUUCCCUGGAAUGUUGCUGUGCUCAACUAUGAGACUUUAGUGGAAGAAACCACCUCUAGAGAAAUCUAUGAAGACUCAGACAGCCUCCUGAAGGAGAUUCUGACAGAGAAGACUAACAAACUUGAUGUUGGACUUUCCUUCAAAUUCAGCCUAACUGAGAAGUCCCUGUCAGUGUUAUUAGCUGCACCUCCAACUUCAGAUGCAACUAAUCCUUCACUUUCAGAUGCAAAUGUUCCUUCAACUUCAGAUGGAACUGUAACUGUAUCGGCAAAUUCAAACUUUGCUUUCGACAUUGGAUUCAAUAAGAAAACGUUGAUUAGGGAUCUUUCAAAUUACACCCGUGUUAAGAACAAGAGCUUUAUGCGGGUGAAGGGCAAAGUACAACUGAGCACCUACAGGAUGCGUUCCCGUGAGCUCAAAACAGCCGAUGAAUUCUUGGCGCAUGUCAAAUCUUUGCCUUUGCAGUAUGAGAAGGGUAUUUAUUUUGCCUUCCUGGAGGACUACGGAACUCACUACACCAAAAACGGGAAGACUGGCGGCGAAUAUGAGCUGGUCUAUGUUCUCAACCAGGACACCAUAAAAACAAGAAAUCUGACAGAGAGAACUGUUCAAGACUGCGUUAAAGUCGGCCUCACAGCAGACAUCGAAGGUGUAGUUGGUGGCAACGUGAAUAAGGAGGAAUGUGAUCCUGUAACAAAAAAAACCCAAGGUGAUACUCACGGAAAAGCAGUGGUGGACAAGGUGCUGACAUCAGUCAAAGGAGGAACUCUACAAAGUGCUGUUGGAAUGAGGGCUCAACUGAAUAAGGAAGGUGUGAUGGACAUCGCUACCUAUCAGGAAUGGGCCCGGACCAUCGCUGAGGCCCCUGCGCUGCUCACCAGUGAGCCGGAGCCCAUCUAUAUGUUAAUUCCAUUGGAUAUGCCAGACGCUAACACCAGGAUAUCCAACAUGAAGCAGGCCACGGCAGACUACGUGGCAGAGUAUAACGUCUGCAAGUGUAAGCCUUGUCAGAACGGAGGCACUCUUGCUCUCCUGGAUGGGCAGUGUAAGUGCAUAUGCUCUUUCCUGUAUGAAGGCUUGGCCUGCCAGAAUUACAAGGCUGAUAAAGCUAAAAACGCAGGUCCAAGGCCGACAGUUAUUCAGGAAGGUAACUGGUCAUGCUGGUCCAGCUGGUCAAGAUGUAGCGGAGCGAAACGCAUCAGGACACGCAGAUGUAACACAGACAGGAUCCUUGGAGCUGUGUGCAGAGGAGACACCAAGAGUGAAGAACACUGCUGAACAGAUGAAUUACCAUGUAACAAACAAUUUCUCUCUCUCUCUCUCUCUCUGACACACACACACACACACACACACACAAUGUGCCAAAGAUUAAAAAAAAAAGCCUAACAUUUAACGUAACAUUUUGUCGUUAUAUGCUUAGUUAGGCGAACAGAGCCAUCUUGAGGUCGGUAAUAGAUAAAGCAGUUCAUACAAUGAUUUUAUGUGUAGAUUGACUUUUUUUGUCUGAGCCCUCUAAGUUUUAAUUUCAGCAUCUUAAUGUUUAUUUUGUUACAAUAAAUCAAAUUAAAACCAA